ACAGGUUCGUAAAUCGUUCAUGAUCAGCAAUAUCCUCUGGAAAUCUGGUGUACAAGGGCCAGGGUCAUUGGAAUAUCGUCUCGCAGACUGCUGUAACCUGUAACCUGUGCACUUGUAUUGGCAUGACCUGAGUCGAUGUAUGGCGGAGACACUACUGGCGUUAUUGCUUGUCACCUCCUCCGCGAAGGGCUCAAAUCUGGUCUACCAUUGGCCUGAAGCUCCCAGAUCGCUUCCAAGACUUGCAAGGCCCAGACCGUCAGUAGGAGCAACAUUGUUGUCGCAGCUGGACAAUCCUUGCAGGGCAAUCGAACUCGGUGCUCCCGAACGCAGAAGCCGCUUCUCAACCGCCAGGCCCUCUUCAACUGAGGACAACGAUUAUGAAUGGAAACGGCCCCGUUCCUCCCGCAAGCGAUCGACGUCCUUCUCCCGGACAGGCUCUGUCCCUGCUUCCGGCAGAAACUCGCCAGUGAAAGAGGGCGGCUACGAUCCAGAAACUCAGGCAAGCCUUGCUCUCGCAGAAGAUUAUGAUGACCUCUUCGGGUAUUCGGCCGAGUUCCUCGCAGGGAUACUCUGUCCACAACGCUCUUUAUGCCACCAGAAGUUCGAGCUUGUGGUCGACGAUCUGGCCUUUAUAGGGCAUCCCGUCUGCACUGAAGAUGAUGGAGUCUGGCGCUUCAAGGCUGAACAGCGUACCAAGCUGAGCUCCAGAGGAAGGGAUCCUAAAAUUAAAGAGACAUCACCGGUGGUUGAUUCGCCGACAAACUCACCCAGAGUACGGCCGAAGCAGGAGGUCGAGACAUCUGGGGAGAAUUCAUGGCUCCGAACAUUCCACUUCGUCAUCGUCCUUGACCUUCCGGACCCAUCAUCUUCAGCGUCGGGAAAUGUUCUAAAGUAUUUUGACAUCAUUUACGAGCAGAUCGCUUUCGCAGUUACCGCGGUGUUGUUCCAGCAACAAGUGACGGUAAACUUCGUAGAACGGGAGUGCGAUGUGCUUGGUUCCUUGAAAGAAGAGUACAUCCGCAAAGGUGAACCGUACAUGAAGUACAUGAGGGCAGCGCUCGAUGUGUCAUCUAUCGCUCCUGCCAUGAAAACGAUAUACGAAGCAGUUAAGGGUUCUUCUAUCGCGCAAAUCUCUAUCGACAACCUGUCGUUGGAGCUGCAGCUACCGCCCUAUCUGGAUAAGCUCCUCCAUAGUCAGGAAGAAGCUGACCUCGAUUACAUUGAUCGUGACGAGGAGGAGGGCGAGGGUGCCUGGGGGAAGGACAUGUCGUUCGCCUGGAGACUGCCAACUUUGUCCCCCUGGAAAGCCCUCCUUUUACUUGGGGAAGAUGACUCGGGGAUGGAUCUGUAUGGGAACCUGCGAGGUCCCCAUCAAAGUUCCGAAGAAAGAAGACUAGCGCAGAGUCUCAUGAGAUUCCUCGAACUCGCUUCUGUUCGGCUUCAACUAGCAGACAUGGCAAUCGAACUGGACUGGGACCUCGAGACGCAGGUGUACCCGGUCGUCCGGUGGCUGGUCUACCACAGACGCGCGAAGGUUGUCGAUGUAGUCCACGAAGGGCUCAAGACAGUCUUCACUAUUUCUCCGAGCUUCAAGUCGCCCCUGACAACCCUAACUCAAGAGUUCGCGCAGCAGUUCCCGCCGAGUAUACCCUCCCUGCCCGUGAUCCUCUCGCUCAUCUCCGGAUCCACGUACCAGCAGACCGACAACACCUUCUUCGCCGCCGUCGUGCGCGACAAGGAGCUCGUCCCGGCGUAUCACGCCGUUGUCGAGUGGAUGCUCAAGAAGGAACUGCUGGUCACCAUGCACCUGCGCAUCCGCGUCGUCGCCACGCCCGCGCUGAAGAAGCAGGUGCGCGAACUGUGGUUGAGCCGCCGCAAGAACGCGGGGCAGAUAAUCCCAGGGACAGGGCGCCGGUCGAUGGGCGGCUCGGGCCCCGUGCACGUCGAGCUGGACGCGCUGGCGCAUGCGUCCCCGCCGGCGGCGUUCUUGUCGAUGUCGCCGCGGAGCGUCCGGCGGCGGGUGCUGAACUCGGCUGACUUGACUGGAUCGGCGCUGGACAGCGAGGACGAGGGGAGGGAAGAGGACGAUGGGGCUUGCGGCGAGGAUAUGGAGUUCCCGGAGGAUUAUGCUGAUUUUAACGAUGAGGAGCCUUCGCUUAUAGAUGAUCCCGGGACUGCCAGGCCGAUAGAACGGUGUUGGCUGGCGGCUAUGGGGGAAGGGAAGGAUUAUACGGUGCGAAGACGGUUUGAGCAGAUAAACCAGUAUUUCGACGGGAAGAAGACGGAUGACGAGAUAUUAUUCCGAGCGGAUAUUUCGAGAAAGCAGCUCAGAGAAGUGCUGCAUCAUUACGAUGAAUACUUACAAACGUUCCUGCAUCCGUCUUGACCUCAGCACACAUACCAUAUCAUGUAAAGGUGUCUACUCAGGUGCAUGUCUCCAAUCAAGUAACCUGCCGGCCUUGCUACAGUCGAAGAACCCCAUACUGCCCUUCAGACUCCACCCUUCCCUAACAGGCACAUCAGGCCAAUACCUGUCCUUGAACUCCUGCGACUCUGCCUGCUCGCGCGUGCCCCGUCUUUGCGACGCUGCUAUAAGGAAUACCUCGUGCCCG